UAUUUAUAAUACACGAAAUGUCAAUAUCCGUGUGACGUUGUUUAAUGACGACAGUAGAUGGCAGUGAAGAAACUGCUGUAAUGCAUCAGAAGAAGAAGAGCGAUCAGUAUGGAAGGGUCAAACUGGAGGCCGCCACGUGAAUGUGAUGUCUACUUGAGUGAAUUUAAGCACUGCAAGAGUCUAUGGAACAGAUUUCAUGAGUACUACACAUACGGAAAAGCUUCAGACUGUCAGCAAUGGAAGGAGGAUUAUAACUCCUGUAAAGAGUGGGAAAAGAACCACAGCUCACAUUUUAAGGAAUCUCUUCAGAAGAGCGAGAGGAAGCGUGUGGCUGAAGAGAGAAAGUUCUCUCCUGUCUGGGAGCUUCGUCAGACUCCUCCAGCCGACUGGCACCUGCCACUCAACCAGGACAAACCACAAGACUCUUAAACACACACAGUGCAUAUCACACGAGACUGUGUUAUAUACAAUAAAUCCAUGAAGAAAUAAAUGAACCUCCAGGUCUGAUCUCCGGAACGUUCUGCUGAUGUUGUUCAGUAGUUUCAGCCAGGAUUUUCCUGCUCUGACUCUUCUGGAUUUAAGUGUUACUGUUUUGAGGUGCUUACAGAGAAAUGCGGAACAGCUCAGUCCUAGGAUGAAUAUAAUACAGAAGCAUUUUAUGACACUCUUUAACAAAAACAUUCGAAAAAGUUUGGCUUUUUAGUUUUAGUAUUAUACAAUAUACAUUGAUUUAUCUAGGUUUUGUUGGUUGUUUAAGUAAUCGUUUUUCUUUUAUUUUGUAUGAGCAUGUUAAGAUAAUAACAUGAAAUGAUAAAUGUUUAGCCUUUUUUUGUUUCACUUUUACUGUUUUCACAGACCUUAUUUAUUACGUCACAGAAAUCAAAGUGAAUCUGUAGAUAGAUGCGGUAUCUUGUGACCCAAAAGAAGAAAGACCACACCGAUAUUUGUGAAAAAACUGUUUGAUUUGCUUUAUUAAAUAACAGCUAUGACCCAA